CCCAUUUAGAUCUCAUAUCGACUAACUUGCUAAAACAAAAUAAAAUUAGAUUAUUUGUAUGUGUUUACAUAAUUAUAGCCUCUUCAUUCAUGUGUGACUAGUUAGUUGUUGUGCAUACGACGUCGUUUAACAGCCUCCAGCAGCACACGCAAUCACGCAUCCUAUCAUUAGCAAAAUCCGGAGGGUACAAUCUGUUUGGUUAUCGUUCCAAAUCAAUUGCUUUUCAUCUUUCAACAACAACAAUGCCUUUCUUCAACACAUAUAGAUAACAUAUACAUACACAACCUAUGUAUCUAUACCUGUAUUUAUAUUCAUAGGCGGCAACACGCCUCUCUAUAACUUCUAUCUCAUCUCAUUGAUUAUUAUUGCUUCCAGUAGAAGACAGAUAACAUUCAAUUCUGGACAAUUCAUGCAUCUGCUGUUUGAUCAUCGAUAACUGUUUUAUCUGCGAUUUUUGACUACUGAAACCCUAAUUUGUUCAUCGGAGGACAUGAUUGAAGAUAACAUUUGAUUUGAUACGAUACAUGCAUCUGUUGCUUGAUCCUGAGAACUGUUUUGAUUGCGAUUUUUGUUGACUGAAACCCUAGUUUGUUCAUCGGAGGAAUUAGAACUCUGUUAUGGCAGACCUAAAAGAACGCUUGCUACCACCAAAACCGGCCUCAGCUACGAACCUUAGAGAUACAUCUUAUAGGCCAUCUGCAUCUGGCCGCCAACCGUUUCAAGGGGUUGAUGUUCUAGGGCUCAAAAAACGUGGUCAAGGUCUUCGUUCAUGGAUUCGUGUUGACGCUGCAACUGGUGAAUCCCAAAUUAUCGAGGUUGAUAAAUUCACGAUAAUGCGUCGCUGUGAUCUUCCUGCACGAGAUCUUCGCCUGCUUGAUCCGUUAUUUGUUUAUCCGUCAACAAUAUUGGGAAGAGAGAAGGCUAUUGUUGUAAACUUGGAGCAAAUUCGGUGCAUUAUAACAGCUGAUGAAGUGUUACUUUUGAAUUCUCUUGAUAGUUAUGUAUUGCAGUAUGUGGUGGAGUUGCAACGGCGGUUGAAGGCGGCAGGGGGUGGUGAGGUUUGGCGGUCAGAAGGGGGUGAGUUGAAAACGUCCCCUGAUUACUUGCCGUUUGAGUUUAGGGCUCUUGAAGUUGCUCUUGAGGCCGCUUGUACAUUUUUGGAUACACAGGCAGCAGAAUUGGAAAUUGAAGCAUAUCCAUUGCUAGAUGAACUUACCUCAAAGAUCAGUACUUUAAACUUGGAACGUGUUCGUAGACUGAAAAGCAGACUUGUUGCAUUGACUCGAAGGGUUCAAAAGGUAAGAGAUGAAAUAGAACAGUUAAUGGAUGAUGAUGGAGAUAUGGCUGAAAUGUACCUAACUGAGAAGAAGAGCCGAAUGGAUUCAUUAUUCUACGGUGCAGAACAACACUCUGUUAUGACGGGAUACCGGUCAAACGACGGUCAACAAUCCAUUUCCGCUCCUGUUUCUCCAGUUUCUUCCGUUCCAGAUAGUCGAAAACUUGAAAAAGCUUUCAGCAUUGCAAAAAGUAGACACGAUGGCAUGAGUAGUUCUGCGAGUGCUACAGAAAACAUUGAAGAACUUGAGAUGCUUCUAGAAGCCUAUUUUGUCGUCAUUGAUAGCAGUCUCAAUAAGUUGACAUCGCUGAAGGAAUACAUUGAUGACACUGAAGACUUUAUUAACAUUCAGCUGGAUAACGUGAGGAACCAGCUCAUACAGUUCGAGCUGAUACUGACAACAGCAACAUUUGUUGUUGCGAUCUUCGGAGUGGUGGCGGGAAUAUUUGGCAUGAACUUUAUGAUUCCGUUAUUUGAUAGCCCGACAGCGUUUACAUGGGUGCUGGUGAUCACGGGGGUUACGGGAGCCAUCAUAUUUAGUUCGUUUUUAUGGUUUUUCAGAUACAAAAGAUUGAUGCCAUUGUAGAAUCUUGUCACAAUUACUAUUUGCAUCUUUUUUUAAAAAGAAUUUAAAGUUAAACUAAAGCUCUCUUGUAAUGAAAAUUCUGCUUGAUGAGCUUGCAAUGCAUUACCCUUUUUAUCCAUGGUGAUAAUUUCAUCCA